AUGAUCAUCCCGAUCCGCUGCUUCUCCUGCGGCAAGGUAUGUCCGCUGUGCGACAAAUGUUGGAGGAACGACGCGCCUGACAAUCACAUGCGAAUAGGUCAUUGCAGAUCUCUACGAAAAGUACAUCGAACUCAUCGGAACGGUCAAUGAGAAUGGGGAGACGACGUCGGAUGGGUACGUUCAGAUACACUGCUUGAGGUUGGAUAAGAGAAGGGAAGGUCGCCAGACGAAGGCAAUAUAAGGCGACUGUGUGCAUGGAAGGACAUCUAGGCGGGUGCUCUACCUGUGGUAGCGCGCCGUUCGGGUCGCCGCAAAUCUAGAUGCCACUGGGAAUUCUAGGAACACAGGAUCUCAGGCGUUGGAAAAGACGUCGCAGCCACAAACGAUCAGCAGAGCAGAACUCACACCGUUGGACAUUGAACAGCCGGCUGACAAAUUUGGAUACACAGAGACGCAAUGGACCAGCUCGGCCUCAACCGAUACUGUUGCCGACGCAUGAUGCUCACGCACGUCGACUUAAUCGAGAAGCUGCUCCGGUAUGUGCACGCGACGACAGCCCUGACUCUCGCAUGAUUUCGCAUCUAACAUCCAGUAGCUAUAACCCGGCGGAGCGCGACAUCAUCAAGCAGAACAGAUAG